CAACGCUCUGGCAUCGCCUCCUUCUUCACCAGCAUAAAGGCCAAUCUCAACCUACCACCUCUUUCAGCUAGCACAGUCACCCGGACCAAGGUUGGUAAAUGAUGGUCCCCUGCCAAUAUCGAACUAAAUAGUAAAAGGAGAUGGCAAAUCGAAUUCCACAACACCCUUCGGUGACGGACUCGUUCCACCAAUUUUCCAAACUAGUGGAUGAAGUACGCCUCAUGAUAUGGGAAUUCACGUGGCCAACUUCGAGGGUCAUUGAAGCUGCAUUGUUUAAUAAUCCGGAAGGUCAAGAGGAGGAAUCGAUAGAGCCUUUCGAGAUCGUAAAUCUUCGGCUUGCGGGGAGCCUAUCUACAAUGCUCCGGCAAGAAAUAGGGUGUCGGGUUGUAGAAGAAGGCCCUAUGGAACAGUGCCCUGACCCAGUUGCACUGCGAAUCUGCCAUCAAUCUCGAAUGCACACUCUAAAGCGAUAUCGUCUCAUGCCAUCACUGGCGCGCCCAUUCUACUACCACCCUCGGCGCGAUAUCCUCUUGCUCACCGUUGAUGUUGCAGAUGACUAUCCUAUGCACAUGCCCGUCCUACAGCGUUAUCACGGAACAGAGCUUAAUUAUCUUGAGACCAUUCUAGUGUCGGAUGGUGCGUGGCCAGAGACAGAAGCGGAGAAAAGACUCCAAAUGAGAUACGCACUAGAUUAUAUCUCUCAUCUUGGCGGCCUCCAAACAAUCCAAGUGUUACUAGGUAGUGAAGAGUCAAGGGACUUGGAUGGCGAGGGAAAGGAGGUGGGCCUUCUCGCUCAUGCCGAGCGUCUCAGAAGCAAUUUCCCAGCUAUAAUUGAAAAUGAAAGGUGCACAGCAAAAAAUAUCCAGCUGAUGGAUUCCAACGGGAAAGUGUAUUGAUAAUUCUAGGUAGCGUUGGUCUUUCGUAUCUUUGAAUUUGAAAUUGGAUGGGGAAUUGUUGGCGUAUUAUUGUGGUGUAUUUGAUUUAUCCUGCAGGCGGGAGGCAUGUUAAGGGGUACAUCAAUCAGAGAUGGUAUAAAAU